AUGCGCGCUAUCCCAUGCGACGGUGCAUAUCCCAGUUAUCCCAGUAUAUCAGUAAUCCCAAUUCAACAUCCCAUUAUCCCUCAUUCCUCACUCCGCUGGCGACAUAAUCCGCUUUGCUCCUGUACUAUGGAAUCGGAGUCCUCCCAGACGCAGGCUCUGUUCCAUUGCGCCCAUCCCGGCUGCCACCGUAGUUACCGGCGCAAGGAGCACCUGAACCGGCAUGCUGCCAGCCACCGUCAGGUCGCCCCAGUGGGAUGCCCCUAUUGCUCCAGUGUUUUUGCUAGAAAUGAUACUCUGCGUCACCACAUUCGUCAACGCCACAAAGACAAACAUGUCGACCACACGCGCGCCGUGAAGGCGUGCGAGUACUGCCGUGCGCAGCGCUCGCGAUGUCGUGGGAGGGAGAAGGCCCCCUGUGAGGCGUGUGUGCAGCGCGGGAUAUCGUGCUCCUUGGCCGUGGUACUGGUCUCCUCAUCAGGGUCAGCGUCAACGUCAGCACCAGCGACACCGCGACACGAUGGACAGAGUACACAGCGUGCAGUGCACAACAGCAGUUCGUCAGAGACAUCGCCGGGCGACAUGCGCUUCAGCCCUAGGUCACUCGAGCGGGGUACAGUCAACGUCAAACCGUUCGUUGAGGCCUUUUUCGAGCGAUUCCAUCCUAGUUGGCCGUUCCUCCAUCGUGCGACGUUCGAUCCGGCGCAUGAACCACCGUUUCUGCUGCAAUCUGUCUUGAUGAUCGGACUCUGGGUGAUGGGGGAUCCCAAGAGACAAGAGGCGGCGUGUGCGCUGCACGAAAAGCUAUGUUUAUCCAUCUACCAGCAAAAGGACAAAUGGGAGGUUACAGACCUGGACAGCGCAAAGCCAACUCCCUGGCCAAUGGCCACCUAUCAAGGCAUCCUGCUGCAUAUCAUCUUCGCCCUCCUCCGACAGGACCCAACGCAUCUGAACAUCAGCUUCACCUACACUCUCCCCCGACUCCCCUCGCAGCUGCUCACCACGCUCGUCUACACCUGUCUGCGUCAAAAGAUGUUCUUCUACCCCACGAUCCUAGGGCAGUUCAUCCCGGGGUCCGUCCCGGACUCAUUCAUCUGGAUCGGCAUCGAGGAGAUCAAGCGGUUCGCGCUGGCGUUGUACAAGGUAUGCAGACUCUGCAUCGUGCACGACGACACGGGCCACACGACGCAGAUGCACGGUCCACCAACCGUAACAGGCCACGCCCGCACCUUGGUCUCGCUGGAGGAUCUGCAGUUCGCGCUGCCGGACAGCGAUGAUCUGUGGCACGCGAGUUCUGAUCUGGCGGCGCGGUUGGCCGAGGAUGGGUCCAUGGCGUAUAAGAACAAGAAUGCCGAGGCGAAUUGGAUCUCGCAAUCGGUGCGGCUGUUGCGCAAGAAUGAGGUCGGGUUUGAUUGGAUUUGA